UCAAAGUAUUGUUGAUGAUUAAUGGCUGAUUCUAGAUUAGCGAUCCUUAGUCGACACUUCACUUCAGCAGCAGCAGAUUGUAAGGCUGGCUCUGGCUCUUUUGGUCAAAAUUUGGGGUGGAUUAAGAUAUCCCCGGAGGUUUCAGAAGCAUUAAAACAUGGAACCCCCAUUGUUGCAUUGGAAUCCACUAUAAUAUCUCAUGGAAUGCCGUAUCCUCAGAAUUUCGAGACAGCUAAGGAGUUGGAGGUCAUUGUGAGGGAGAAUGGAGCUGUACCUGCCACUAUCGCUAUUCUGGAUGGCAUACCAUGCAUAGGCUUGACUACAGAAGAACUAGAGAUUCUAGCACGUCUUGGUAGCAAAGCUCGGAAAACUGCUAGUAGAGACAUUGCACUUGUUAUGGCAGGCAGGGAGAAUGGGGCAACUACUGUCUCUGCAACAAUGUAUCUUGCUUCGAAGGUGGGUAUUCCAGUAUUUGUCACUGGCGGUAUUGGAGGAGUACAUAGGCAUGGAGAGAACACAAUGGAUGUUUCUUCUGAUCUUACUGAGCUUGGAAAUACUCCUGUGGCUGUGAUCUCUGCUGGUAUAAAAUCGAUACUAGAUAUUCCUCGAACACUUGAAUAUUUGGAAACUCAAAGAGUUACUGUUGCAGCUUAUAGAACCGAUGAGUUCCCUGCUUUCUUCACACAAACCAGUGGCUGCAAGGCACCUGCUCGAGUAGAAUCGCCAGAACAUUGCGCUCGAGUUAUUGAUGCGAACAUAAGACUUGAGCAGAAGAGUGGAAUCUUGAUAGCAGUCCCCAUUCCAAGAGAGCAUUCUGCUUCUGGAAGUUUGAUUGAGUCGGCAAUACAGCAAGCUCUCCAAGAAGCACGAGAGAAGAAGAUUACUGGCAAUGCUGAAACUCCGUUCUUGCUUGCAAGAGUCAAUGAACUUACUGGUGGAGCAUCUCUGGCUUCAAACAUUGCUCUCGUGAAAAAUAAUGCCAGUAUCGGUGCUAAAAUUGCUGUUUCGCUUGCCCAGCUUCAAAAACGUAGUUACAACAGCAGAAAGAGUGUUACUUAUGGAAGUAUGCAACCAAACAAAAAGUUAAUGCAACAUCUUUCCUUUAUAAUCUAGAAUUCUAGUGAUGUGAAUUACUCCCUCCGUUCCCUUAAGAUAUUAGGUAAGUUUAUUAUUGUACCAUUAUUUAGUGUUUUCUUGAAGUCAAGUUUUCAAUAAAUGAACAUAAAUUAAUUUA